AUGCCACUUAACUUAAUAGAAUAUUCAAUACCUCCACCAACCUUGAUAUCUUUUGAAGAUGAUAUCAAAGAACAUCAAGCUAAAACUAUAAGGUUUCUUGGGAAUGCUUUAAUGGUCAUGCAAAUAUUGGAAGUAACGAAGCUAAAUAUUGGAAGGGAAGCGGCGGAUAAUGUUAUUGCCGAUGCUCGACUUCGUUACGCGUUUGUGGCUGCAGACUUAGAUUAG